AUGAUUUUCUUUCUUUCUAUCUAUCUAUCUCAGACCACCACAUCUAUCUAUCUAUCUAUCUAUCUAUCUAUCUAUCUAUCUAUCUCAGUCCACCACAUCUAUCUAUCUAUCUAUCUAUCUAUCUAUCUAUCUAUCUAUCUAUCUAUCUCAGUCAUUUCAUAUCUAUCUAUCUAUCUAUCUAUCUAUCUAUCUAUCUAUCUAUCUCUCAGACCAUCACAUCUAUCUAUCUAUCCAUCUAUCUAUCUCAGUCUCUUCAUUAUCUAUCUAUCUAUCUAUCUAUCUAUCUAUCUAUCUAUCUAUCUAUCUCUCACCGUCACAUCUAUCUAUCUAUCUAUCUCUCAGUCUCUUCAUUAUCUAUCUAUCUAUCUAUCUAUCUAUCUAUCUAUCUAUCUAUCUCUAUCUCAGACCAUCACAUCUAUCUAUCUAUCCAUCUAUCUAUCUCAGUCUCUUCAUUAUCUAUCUAUCUAUCUAUCUAUCUCUCACCGUCACAUCUAUCUAUCUAUCUCUCAGUCUCUUCAUUAUCUAUCUAUCUAUCUAUCUAUCUAUCUAUCUAUCUAUCUCAGUCAUUUCAUAUCUAUCUAUCUAUCUAUCUAUCUAUCUAUCUAUCUAUCUAUCUAUCUCAGACCAUCACAUCUAUCUAUCUAUCCAUCUAUCUAUCUCAGUCUCUUCAUUAUCUAUCUAUCUAUCUAUAUAUCUAUCUAUCUAUCUAUCUAUCUAUCUAUCUAUCUAUCCCUCAUGUCUUUCGUUUUAUGUUUUUCUUUCUUUCCUACUAUCAUUCUUUAUCUUUCUUUCUUUCUUUCUUUCUUUCUUUCUUUCUUUUCUUUGUCCCUAUUUGUAUUCCUUUCUUUUUUCCUUUUUCAAUUUUUAUCUCUAUUGUUGCUUUUCUUCUCUUACUCUGUUUCUCUCCGAAAUUCUUCUUUCAAAUUUAAUUUUUCUUUUUCUAUUUUUGUCAAUUCUUUCUUUCUUUUUUCUUUCUUUCUUUCUUUUCAUUACACUUAUAAUAUUAUUCGUUUUUUCUUUUUGUGUUUUCUUUUUAGUUUACCAUUCACUACAAAAAUCUUUCAAUUAUUUUUUCAUUAA